AUGACUCAAAACAACAAAGAAGGCUCUGAAAAGUCUUGCACUUCUGGAACAAGGUCGCAUUCUUCAUCAUCGUUUACUGGCUCUUCCAGCCGUAGCAGUUCUCCCGAAGCUGCAGCCGCAAUCGAGUCAGUUCGUGCUGCUCGUACAUCUCCGCAAAAGAAGAGACAGUCUCCUCUCCAGGAACAUGCACAGUCCCCGCCAAUGCGUCCUUUAAAGAUAUUUAUCACAGGACUAAGUAUGAAUGUCAACAAAGACCACAUAUAUGAAAUUUUUGGAGUCUAUGGGUCUAUUUUGAAUGUGAACAUACCUUCGGAUAUAACUCAUCCGCAAUUUUCAAAAGGGCAUGCUUAUGUCACAUUUGAGGACCCUGAUUCUGCAGAAGAUGCUGUUAAGCAUUUUAACGACGGUCAAAUUGAUGGAAAAAUGAUAUCCGUGUCUUUGUCGGUCACUAGUCGACAAAAUAAUUCCCGUUAUUCUCCCGUUCGUGCACGCCGACCACGAUCUCCUGUUCGGCGGUAUCGAUCUCCUGUCAAGAAACGGUCCCCUCGUAGAAGACGCUCUCCUCGAUACAUACGCUCUCGUGGGGGUCGUAGUAGUCGCUCAUCUUCUCUAUAAUUUGGCUAACAUGUGACUUUUAGUUUUCUUUCUUUUAUUUUUUAAG